AAACCUGUUUCAAAUUUUCUUUCAAGGGAUAUUUGUGCGUUGUCCAGGUCAGCCUGGCCAUGGCUCACAGUUCUUGCCUAACAACUCGGGAGAGAAGUUGCAGAAAGUGAUUAAUUCAUUUAUGGCAUAUCGGGAAGAGCAAAAGAAGCUUCUCAAUGCCAAUAAGAACCUUAGCCUUGGAGAUGUCACUACUGUGAACCUUACAAUGCUACAAGGAGGUGUUCAGUUCAACGUGGUCCCUGCAGAACUUUCUGUGGGAUUUGAUGUUCGUAUUGCUCCUACGGUUAAUCUAACUGAAUUUGAAGAGAAGGUCAAGAAGUGGUGCAGGGAGGCCGGAGAUGAUGUUACAUAUGAAUUCCAGCAGAAGGCUAUGUGUCAAAAUACAACAUGUGUAGAGGAUGGGAAGAGUCCUUGGUGGGAUGCCUUCAGUGCCGCAUGUAAGCAGGAGUAAGUAUUUCUGUUUUUAUGAAGUACGGUUAGACAUCAAUCACUUAAUGAAAUAUCAAUUGAAAUUAGUCG